AAUGGCAAGCUUAAGCAUUUUAGGUUCUGACGCAACCUACUUGGCCCAGCCUUUUCUUGUGGUUGCGUAUGCAAAUGCACUACGCACAGCAGCAACUAAAGCCAUGGUAGCAGCAAAAGACUAAGCGGCCGCUAUAUGAUGAGCUUUGGCAUUUUGCGGUACCAAGCUAAUCUUUAGAGCCUUAUUUGCGAAUUAAACAAGCUUCUAAUAAGCAUCAAAAGCAAUGGCUUUUUAAGAUCGCUGCGAACGUUAUCAACUAAACAUAACAGGUGAACGUAGUAGGCGUUAUCACUUACCGAGCACAGAAGAAGAGGACUCUCCCGCUCCCGCGCUUCCAUUUUUUUUGCGAUCGAAGCAGUUAAUUAAGCAAGUGAGCAACCAACCAUGUGGACAGUAGCUUCAUCGCUCCUCAGUUCUCUCACUCCACCCUCCCUUCUCCGCCGUCCGAUCCGCCUGGUCCGCCACGUGGCUCCUCAUGAUGCGCCAGCUCGCCCCCUCCGAUCCCUCCGGCUCCUACUCCCGCCCCCCCGGCCCCUUCCCCUCCGUGCCCCCCUCCUACCUCCUCCCUAACCCUAACCCUAACCCUACCCCGACCCUCCACCUCUACGUCGCCCUCCCCUGCCCCUGGGCCCACCGCGCCCUCCUCGUCCGCGCCCUCCGGAACCUCGAGCCCCUCCUCCCCGUCUCCGUCGCCGCCCCCGGAUCCGACGGCUCCUGGGGGUUCCGGAAUCGACGCGACGGCGGCGGCGGUGAUGAAACCUACGGCGGGGAUCUGGUCCCGGGGCCGGACCGGGCCAAUGGGCGACGGACGCUGAGAGAGGUGUACGGGAUGAGGCGGGGGGGCUACGAUGGGAGGUCGACGGUCCCGAUGCUGUGGGAUGCCGAGAAAAAGGAGGUGGUGUGCAACGAGAGCUACGCCAUUAUCGAGUUCCUGAACUCGGUUCCCGGAGGUUCGGGCCCGGAUCUCUGCCCCCCGGAGCUCAAGGGGGAGAUCGAGAAGUGGAAUCGGGUGAUCUAUCCCAGUGUAAACAAUGGCGUGUAUAGGUGUGGAUUUGCGCAGAGCCAAGAGGCGUAUGACACUGCAGUUAACGAAUUAUUCAGCACAUUGGAUAAGCUCGAAUCUCAUCUCUCUUCUUCCCGCUACUUAUGUGGGGAAACACUGACUUUGGCCGACGUCUGCUUGUUUACUACUCUGAUUCGGUUCGAUUUAGUGUACAAUGUCCUCUUCAAGUGCACCAAGAAGAAGCUGUGUGAGUAUUCCAAUCUUCAUGCUUAUCUGCGUGAUAUAUAUCAGAUUCCGAAGGUGGCGGAGACAUGUAAUUUUGAAGCUAUAAUGGAUGGAUAUUAUCAGACUCUAUUCCCUCUAAAUCCCAGUAGUAUUCGCCCCAUCAUUCCUUCUGUUUGCAAGCAUGAGUUCCUUUCCAAACCGCAUAAUAGAGAAACAUUAUCUUCCAGCAAUAAGCAGCUCCAGCUACAAGUUUAAAAUACAUCAUACUAAAGGUGUCGCUUGUGUAUAGUGCAAGUAUUCCCAACAUAUGAAAGAUGUAAAAAUGAAAGGUGACGGGUUCUAGAUUGGUGUAAAUAUUAAACCUGUUUUCAAUAAGACUAAGGUAAUUCCAAGUUAACGGAAAGAUCAGCUUAUGAAAUGUUACCAGCAGCAUGGUGUUAUAGGCUUUGUACUUUUGUCGGUUCAUUAUUAAUAUUUGCAGAUGCAUGAAGAUCCCUUGGAGGGAUCCAUUUUGGAAGCUCAAUCACAGGUCUCUACACCAUCAACUGAAGCAUAUAUUCUGCAGUAAAGUUUCCAGAGGAAAGAAUUCAACAUUUCUCUAGUGGAUUUCCAGCGCAAAAGUUUGAAGGCUAAGAAUACCCUUUAAGGUUGAUUUUUGCGAUCAUUUCCUUACUCUUGUGCGCCCUUUAUGGUGUUUGUAUGAGAAGUGAUUGAUCAUAUGGGCUUUGCCUAGAGUUCAGGCUACAAACUGUUGAAAGGGCUUCUUGUUGUAGAAAUACUAUCAAAUAAAUUCAUUAGGCCAUGUAAUAAAAUGGAAUCAAGCUACCGCUCCUUGCGUUGUAACAUAAUAUGUAUAUAUGAAUAUACUACCCCUGCCACUCUCAAGGAUGAAACGUUUCUCUGAA